UAUUUUUUUUAUGACUUUUUGACCAUUUUGGCGCUUUUUUGAUUUUUCUUUCGCAAUUUUUUAAUCAAUUUUCAGCGUUCUUCAACGAAUGAAAUGAAACUGAAAGUUUUUUAAUAAGUUCUAGAGUUCUACUCGAAAAUACUCCCGACGCUUCUUUUCGUAAAUCAGCGGAAAUUUGUAGGAGUUUCAGAUGGCGACUGUAACCGAAGAAAAACAAUACUUGGAUCAAAUUCGUAAAAUCCUCGAUGAAGGUAUCGAGAAAAGCGAUCGUACAGGUGUCGGUACCAAAUCAUUAUUCGGAUGUCAGAUGCGAUACACGUUGAGCAACAAUCAAUUUCCCCUUCUGACCACGAAACGAGUAUUCUGGAAAGGUGUCGUAGAAGAGUUACUAUGGUUCGUAAGAGGAUCUACGAAUUCCAAAGAAUUAUCGGACAAAGGAGUAAAAAUUUGGAACCCAAAUAGUACCAGAGAAUAUUUGGAUUCCUUGGGACUGACUGACAGAGAAGAAGGUGAUCUCGGUCCUGUUUACGGAUUCCAAUGGAGACAUUUCGGAGCCGAGUAUAAAGAUAUGCAUACAGAUUAUACUAACAAAGGCGUAGAUCAAUUGCAAAACGUCAUAGAUACCAUUAAAAAGAAUCCUGACGAUAGAAGAAUAAUCUUAUGUGCUUGGAAUCCUCUCGAUUUACCUAAAAUGGCCUUACCUCCUUGCCAUUGCUUGGUACAAUUUUACGCUGUGAAUGGUGAAUUAUCCUGUCAGAUGUAUCAACGUUCCGCCGAUAUGGGUUUAGGCGUACCUUUCAAUAUCGCUAGCUAUUCCUUGCUAACAUAUAUGAUCGCUCAUGUUACCAAUCUUAAGCCGAAAGAGUUCAUUCAUACUAUUGGCGACAAUCACGUGUACCUCAAUCACAUCGAACCUCUAAAAGUUCAACUUCAAAGAGAAAUGCGUCCUUUUCCAACUCUUACCAUAGCUCGAGAAGUAACCUCGAUUGAAGAUUUCAAAUUCGAAGAUUUCGUAUUAAACGGAUAUAAUCCUCAUGGUAAAAUUAAUAUGGAAAUGGCUGUAUAAAUUUCUGUGAUCAAGGACUAAUUUAAAAUUAAAACUUUUUCUACCGGAA